CGCGCGAUGGAGGAGGUUAAUCCACUGGGGUAGCUUGACAUCUUACUUUCUGCUCAACCGCUCCUCCGUUUAGGCGAACGCUGAACAAAAUGGGACAAGACUCAGAACCAAGGGGCGCAAGCGUCCUUCCCAAGCGUGAUGGGAUAUCAGUUCGUUCAUUGACAGCUCGAAAAGCGUUCGAGCAAUUGAGCCAUUUCCAAAAGCUCUACGCUCACCAUUUGAGCAGGGCAUCUUGGGAUGGAGCCCUCAUUACCCAUGAGCAAGUGUCCCAUGAGUCGGCUGCCAUAUUCGAUCUUAUCCUUGAGCUACACCACAGCUGUGAUGGGAAGUGGAACUCGCUACUGGACAAAACCGCCAACCCCGACGCAGCUGAGCAUCUCGAGAAGCUCCAUACAUAUGCCGCACUAGUUCUUUACAAUCAGGGCAACUAUUAUGGUUAUGGGGACAAGAAAUUCGUCCCUGGUGUUCCGGUUGAUUUUUUGGAGACCGUCGCCAAGAACGCUUCCGCGCGAGCGGUCCAAUUACUUCGAGAGUGCAAGGAGCCGAUGCUCUCAACCGAACCAGGGCAUUUAGGGUAUCCAAGCGAGCACGCGCAGAGUGCCUAUUAUCCUGGGCCCGAACCUAUAUCCCAGGAGGAGGUCGACGAGAUCGAUAAGCUCCUUGACAAGAACGCAAUUGGACCGGAGAACACGAGGAUCGCCAAAUAUGUGACAGACGAAGGAAGUCGAUUUAAGGUAAUGCAGGCAUGCGUUGAGAAGGAGCCAGCCAGGUCUCUCGGGAAGACGGCGUCUGGGGCCUUGGUUGAACUCGAAAGAGGAGAACAUGCCGAGACCUUGAAGCGCAUCUGCGAGUCCCUGGAAAAGGCCCGGGACAACAGCGAAACCGAUGCUCAAAAGAAAUUCCUUUCAGAGUACAUCGCCUACUUUACAUGCGGCGACAUUGCUCGUUUCAAAGAAGCCCAAACCUUGUGGCUCAAGGACCGUUCACCUAUCGUUGAGUCAAUCAUCGGCUUCGUGGAACAGUACAGAGACCCCGCCGGAAGACGAGCAGAAUUCCAAGGGGUGGUUGCUCUGACUGACAAGGAAGCAUCGAAGACCCUUCGAGAGCUCGUUGAGGCAUCUGAAGAGCUCAUUAGUGGCAUGCCUUGGGUCAGAUACUUUAAAGAUCGUGAUGGCAUGGGUCCUUUUGAAAGCGACAGAUUUGAAGCUCCGGAAUUCACCGCCAUUCAUGCAUUGACUUAUUGUUCGAGCGUCACAUUCCUCGGUAUUAAUCUUCCAAACUACCCUGACAUUCGAGAUCGCGCCGGCUUCAAGAAUGUCAUGAUCGCGAACCGAAACCAACCUCCUGAUCUCCGCCUCAUCGACCCGGCCGAGGAAGCACGUUUCGUGGUCCCUUCGGAGGCGGCUGAAUACCUUUCAGUAGAGUAUUACACAUGGGACAUUCAAAUAGCAUUGCACGAGUUGAUUGGACAUGGCACGGGCAAUAGGCUGCUGAGAGAAAAUAGCGAUGGUUCCUUUAACUUUGACAAGGACCAUCCGCCGCUCAAUCCGCUCACCGAUAAGCCUAUCGAAUCCUUCUACAAGAAAGGCGAAACCACAACUAGCGUGUUCGGCAAGCUUACGACCACCUUGGAGGAGUGUCGUGCAGACUGCGUGGGCCUCUAUCUGAUCACUAAUCCCAAGGUCCUGUCCAUUUUUGGCUAUGAUGAGAAUAGCAAGAUCAAGGCCGAUGAUCUGAUCUAUGUCGCCUACCUUCACGCUGCUGUCAACGGAGUCGAAGCGCUUGGAGUCUACGACCCUGAACAGAAGGUCUGGGGUCAGGCGCACGAGCGCGGCUUCUUCGCAACCUUGCAAGUGAUGAUGGCCGAAGAAGGCUUCAUCAGCUUGUCCCAAGACAACGAAUCCAAAAGAGUGACCGUACACCUGGAUCGCACGAAGAUCAUCACCCACGGCAGGAGAGCAGUGGAGAAAUUCAUGCUCGAAUUGCACAUGUGGCGUUGUACUGGCGACGUCACUGCAGCCACGGAACGCUACGAGUCGUUGACAACGGUGAGCGACAAAUGGGUCAAGGUUCGGGAGCUUGUGAAGGCACAACCGUCAAAGCCUUGGGCUUUCAUCCAAGGUAACACUUUCCUUAAGGAAAACGGUGAGGUAGAGCUACGAGAGUAUGAAGAGACCCCUCUUGGGCUGGAGUUCCGCAAACGGCCCAUGGACCUCGUAUGUGGCGUGGAGGAGGACUGCCUUACCGGGAAGACGAGGAUCGCUAGUAUUCAACGGUUCUGGUAG